AUGUCCGGAAAAUCCUACAGCAAUGAGGAUCCGGCUACAUACUUGUACUACAAUGGAACCAGAACAACUCCUGACUUACUCUUGGCUUUAAGCGACAUCAGUGAGCUUACACGCCGCAAAAUAAUUGACGAUCCUAGUUCUGGUCACAAACCAGUCAUUGCUAGUAUUACCUUCGGCAGCAGAAGCAUGACAAUGAAAGUGCCAACUAAGCUAUCAUGGAACUUCAAGAAGGCUGACUGGCCUAGAUUCACAAACCUUUUAGAGAAUGAACUUCACACAAGUCCCCUGAACUUCAACCUACAUCCUGACAAACUUUGCUACGAUAUCACGAAUAUUAUGAUUAGAUGUGCAAAGCAAACUAUUCAUUUCAAAUAUCAACGCACUUUCAAAUUCAUGGGUAACCUAUAA